CGUACGGAUUUUGGGCGGUGUGGCAGUUUUCGCUCUCUCUCCUCUUUGUGGGCUCUCCUUUGCAACACCCCCAAAGUCGCUCCCAUCCGCGCUCCUGCUCCCCGAGACGGUGCUCGUGAGCCCCACUAUAGUCGCAAUAGUGUCUCAAACCCCAAAGAAAGCGCGAUGGAAAGAGUGUGAUUGGGAAAGUUUCACUUCCGGAGGCGCUGCAGAACCACUCUUGUUCUGCGCUUCUGUCCGUGGAAAUCAAUCAGUUAUCCCGUUAUCGCGACUAUCAGCGAGGAAUUAAGUUAAUAGAAUUACACGCAGGAAAUUCCCGUGGAUUUACACUGUGAGAAAAAGGAUGGCGACCACGAACUUGGUGGAACUUCAGGCUUGGCUAAUGUACCAAAAAGUCUCAGUUGAGUGCGCAAAUUGCCUCUUCAUGAGUGAUUCAGCGUCGGCAUUUCGUGCCCGAGACAUUGGUCUUCGCGCACAGAAGAAGAUUCUUUCGCGAAUGGCAACGAAGAGUGUGGCGAAAUCCUUCAUUGAUGACACAACAGCCUCGCUGCUCGAUAACAUCUAUCGUCUGGCAAAGAUUCAUACCGAUAAGAAGCAAGCUGAGAAACUUGUGAAGAACAUCAUAAAGAUUGUAAUAAAAAUCGGCGUUCUCAUUCGCAAUGAUGAGUUCAAUGAUGUGGAAUUGCAAACAGCGGAAAAGUUUCGCAAAAAAUUUCAGGUCACUCAAAUGGCUAUAAUUUCCUUCCAUGAAGUGGAUUUUAGCUUCGAUAUUAACUACCUGCAGAAGGCACUCGCGGAGUGCCAAUUCCUGCUGAAGUCCGUGAUCAAGAGGCACUUGACGGAGAAGAGCCUGGGCAGGGUGGAUGAGAUCUUCAAGUUUUUCCGCGACGACAAACUCCUCGAGACCGCCUUCCGCCCCAACUCGCCGUACAGCGACGUGAUGACCAACUUGGUGGCGGACCUGAACAAGUCCCUGGACGAGGGAGACUCCAACUUAUAGAGAGCCUGAGAGGCGAUUGUCCCAACAUAUCUAAUCACGCGAAUUGUUCUCUUUCUCUGCCCGAAGGCAGAGACGAUUGCACAAUAAUUGUAGAGGAAAAUUGGGAUCAAAGUUUCAGGCCUUCUUACAAUUUCUACAAUUAUACUAUGAAAAGCACACGUGAAGAGCGUGAAUUUCCAGCGACAGAUCAAGCAUUAACAACAUUCCAUGAUCAAGAAGACGUUUUUACACCAAAUAUUAUUACCUUUACUAUGCGUUGUUUGUUUAUUCUUCUCUCUUAAUGUCUGAACAAUUUGUUUUACUAAUGAUUAAGACUGUUUUUUCAAGUAAUAUAUAAUUUAUUCUUGCCAUAAAAUAUUGACAUAAGUUCUCUUUUGAUGCAUUAUUAAUCACUCCCUAUGUUUCCCUUAUUGUAAGUGAUUGAUUUUAGUAUAGACAUGUAAUUUGAGGUGUGAUUUUGGGGAAGAGUUAAAUCUAGUUUCCGAGACGACAUAUCUUCAUGACAAUAAAGUAUGAAGAAUGGUA